GGAGUUGCAGUCUGUUUCUUUACUGGUUACUGUCAGGUUGGAUUUCAAACUCACUACUUUCACAGCAUAUUCCAUUUUCUUGCAUUUCUGCUGCUUGAACAAUGAGCGUUGUGCUUCAUGAGCUGUUGCUUUGUUGUCGCCAUCUUGAAAAUGAUAAGGCAACAGAAAGAAAGAAAGAAGUAGAAAAUUUUAAGCGUUUAAUUCGUAGCUCAGAAACUGUGAAACAAUUGGAUCAGAACUCUGAAUCAAAACAUUCCAAACAGUUGAACUGGGAUGCUGUUUUCAGAUUUCUACAACGGUAUAUCCAAAAAGAAACAGAAUGCCUUCAAACAGCAAAAGCCAAUGUGUCUGCUAUCACUCAAGCCAACCGACAGAAGAAGAUGCAAGAAAUCAGUAGUUUGGUGAAAUAUUUUAUUAGAUGUGCAAACAAAAGAGGCCCCAGACUGAAAUGUGUUGAACUUCUUAAUUACAUCAUGGACACCCUACGUGAUCCAUUCACCUGUAUAGCUUAUGGUGCAGACAUCAGCAGCAUUUUGUUGAAAGAUGUUCUGUCCGUCCGAAAAUACUGGUGUGAGAUAACCCACAUUCAGUGGGAAGCAUUGGUGAGUCUGUACUGUAGUAUGUAUUUGAAGUCAUCUAAGGAUAUUAAUCGAGUACUCACAGCCAGGAUCAUUCACACGCUUGUCAAAGGGUGCUGUGAUCAGACUGAAGGGCUGCCUCACAGACUAUUUGAGUUCUUUUCAAAAGCUAUACAGAAUGCAAAGAUGGAGAAGAUAUCAGCUGCUCUUGGUCAUAUCCUGGCUGCUCUUAAUGCCUUUCUUAAUGUCUCUGCAAUAAACAGUCGUAUCAGGGUCUGCAGAUUAGGAGAAGAAAUCAUCCCAACACUGCUUUAUAUUUGGGUCUACAGCAGACCCCAGGAUUCCUUGAAGGAAGAAAUCAUUGAAAUUCUUCAUCUACAGCUUCGUGUUCAUCACCCUAAAGGAGCCAAAACUACAGAAACAGGUGCUUAUGCUGAUGACUGGGAAAAAUGGCAGAGUCUUUUAUAUCACCUGUAUGAUACUGUAGUGAAUGAAAUAAACCAGAUUGGAAGCAGAGGUAAAUACUCAUGUGGAUCCCGGCAUAUAGCUAUGAAGGAUAGCUUGGUUGACUUCACUGCUGAUAUCUGCCAUCAGGUAUUUACUCAAGAGACAAAAGUUCUGGAAAUAACACAACCACCUUAUGCCACAACUCAAAGGCAAUCCUUGCAGCAGGGUACACCGAGUAAAAGAAGGCGGAUUGAACUUGGCUGGGAAGUGAUAAGAGACAAUCUGCAGAAAUCUCAAAAUGAUUUUGAUAUUAUACCUUGGUUGCAGAUCACAUGUUCCUUAGUAGCAAAAUAUCCUUCAAGCCUACCUGCCUCUGAACUUGCUCCACUUUUGACUGUUCUACACCAGCUGUUGUGCCAGCAAAGACGAGGGGCGAGAACACCUUAUGUAUUAAGGUGUUUCACUGAAUUGGCUAUUUGCCAGAGUAAGAAGGCAACUCUGCGAGAAGGACAAAGACUGGACUUGCAAAAGCUUUGGACCAGGAUAUGGUCUGUUACACUGCGUAGCAUAAGUUCUCAGCAGACUGAAUCUAAAGGUUUUGGAUUAUUGUGUGCCAUCAUUAGAGGGAACCUGCUUCUGGUAGACAAAGAUUUCUGGAAGAUAUUUUAUGGAACUGUAUGUAAACCUUCAAGUCCUGCUGUCACAUGUCUGGCAUGGGCACUAGCAAAGUGCAUUAUUCCUGAACAGCUGGAGUUUGGAAAUGAAAGAAGUAUGACAAGUGAUGGAGAUGCAGCCUUUUCUUCAAGAGAGGCCAUUCUGAAAUGGUUACUGUCAUUUCACACAGAAGAAGAUUCUGAAGAAAAUGUAGAACCACCUGCUGUGAUUUGCAAGGAAUUUCCUCACCUUCUUGUUUCAAAAACUCUUGUGGGCUUGACCAUAAAGGAUAGUAGAUCUGGUGUAAAUUUUAUGAACCCAUUUUCUAGUGAAGGUGUGGUGAAUUUGGAGGACAAAGAAGAUGCUGGUUUCUCAACAAUUGAACUGUUGUAUCUUCAGACAACGUUUGCUAAAAUGCCAGUCUGCCCUGCUGCAUCAGUAAAUGACUCUUCAAAGGAUUCUGCUCCAUCAGGCAUUACUGUGAAUCCGACUUGGAAAGAAAAAUUGGAAGGGUGUUUGUCAACUGUAGCAGAGCAGCUUUUGAAUACUUACUCAUCAGAGACAACACCUGGAGAAUAUCUCAUCCGCUGUGCUGGCCUUUUAGUUAGUGUACUUGGAUGUUACUGUUUUAUUGGUGCCAUCCCAGAGGAAGAAGCUUGUAAAAGUAACCUCUUCCAGAAGGCCAAGUCUCUUCUACAGCAUGCAGGUGAAACCAUUUCUGUACUGAAGAACAAGUUAAAUGAAGAAUCAAAACUUGCAUCUUUGAGAAGUUUAGUAGCAUCCUGCAUACAUUUCUUGCAGACCAAGGGAAAUGCUUCUAGGAUCUGUACCAGUUUGUUUUUGCAAUUGCUGACAUCAAGAUUUUUAAAUGACCUUUCAGAAGUCUGCCGAAUUUUAGUGACGAGUACAAGAAAAAACAGUGAAGCUACUGAAACGGAUCUAAUGGAAGAGGAUCUUGAUGAGAGUACAAUGGAUGUGCAGGACCACUCCAAUAUUGAUCUUUUUGAGGAUGAUACCAGCCCAUCAACAGAUAGUGCAGAACUCCAUGACUCUGGAGAGUUGCAGUUUUGCACUGGUGUGAAGAGCCCUUUAGCAGAGGAGAAAUUAACAAAGCAGGAUAUUCUUCUGCUGGACACACUGAAAUUUCUCUGUGGCUGUGCGGGUGCAGCCCACUUCCAUUCAUUUAAUUUUAGACCGGCUGACAUAAGAAAAAAGCUGCUUGUUCUUAUUGAUGGUCAGAAUAUGGACAUGGCCCUCUCCUUUCAUCUGCAUAUGUACCUUACCCUUCUGAAUGAAUUUCCAAAUGCUUCAAAUAUAUUACCGGCAGAGGAUAUUGGCAUGCUUCUGAGACCACUUAAUACUUUAUGUUCUACAUAUCGUCGUGAUCAAGAGGUUUGUGCAUCUAUCCUAACACAUCUUCUGCCAUUGACAACAGCUUUAGGCCAAGAUAGGGGCAAUGCGGAAGAGCUCAGUGAUGUACAAGGACAACUGCUAACUGUUAUUGGAGCAUUCUGGCAUUUAAGCAAAGAAGGCAGAUGCACAGUACUUGUCAGAACAGAGUUACUGAAAUGCAUGAGAGUAUUACUUGAGGUGGAUCCUUAUUGUAAAUGGGCCAUACUUCAUGAUAGAGAUAAGGAUGAAGAUGUACUUAUUAGCGAUGCUUUUCCUCUAUUUCUUACUGAUAGUAGUCAUCAAGUUCGCAUGCUUGCUGCUGUGUCCAUAAAAAGUCUUUUUCAGCAGAUGGGGUCUCAUCAUCCUGGAAAACUUAAAGCAUUUCCAUUGAAAAAACAACAAAAAGCCUUUGAAAAUGUUUACAUGAGAGUCCAAGAAGGGAUGAGACUACAGAGUCAGGUGAAACCAGAGGAUCGUGCUGAUGAAGAAUGCAAUAGAAGAGCUACAUUGCUGAUGUUGAUUUCUGAGGUUCUGUGUUCUACAUCUGUUUGCGAAAAGCAAGCAUUGUUUGCAAUCUGUCAGUCAGUGAAAGAAAAUGGUUUGAGCUCUCAGCUCAUCAGAAAGGUCCUUGAAACUGUGUCAAAGUCGGUGGGUUACAGGAACUUGGAAGUCUUCAUGAAUUCGCACUUGGAUUAUCUGGUUUUUGAAUGGCUGAGAGUGACUGAUACUAAUUAUACCUUGUCUACUUUUCCUUGUAUAUUGCUUAAUUACUCAACUCUUGAAGAGUUUUACAGGUCUUGUUAUAAUGUUCUCAUUCCACAUUUGGUGGUAAAGAAUGAUUUCGAGGCUGUAAAAAGUAUGGCUGGUCUCAUCAUGAAAGACUGGAAGCAGUUGCUUGCAGAAUGUUUUCCAAAGGUUAUAGUGAACAUUCUCCCAUAUUUUGCUUACCAAGGAGGGAAUGAAAGUGGCAUGUCUAAUCAGAGGGAUAAUGCUUCUAAAGUAUACGAUUUUCUUAAGGAUGAUGAUUGUCUUGGGAAGCAGCAAAUUGACAACUUAAUUCACAACAGCCUCUCAGAAAUUGUAGUAGAGCUGCUGAUGACUUUGCAUGAAUCUCCUGCAGUAGCUGAAGAAGAAGGGACUGAACUGCUUAAGUUUGCAGGGGAAAUGGAUCCAGUACCAAACCCCCCACAUUUUCCAUCUUACAUUAUUAAGAUCACCUUGGAUUAUAUUAACAGCUGCCACAAAACUAAGCAGAAAAGUAUUGUAGCUAUACUUUCAAAGAACCCUGAUUCAAUCCAAAGAAUUUUGCUUGCCAUAUGUAAGCAGGCAGCAGAAACAACUAACAUCUAUGAAAAACACAGGAUCCUUAUGGUCUAUCAUCUGUUUGUUAACCUUUUGCUUAACGAAAUCAAGGAAGGAUUAGGAGGAGCCUGGGCUUUUGUUCUUCGAGAUGUCAUUUACACUCUAAUUCAUCACAUAAAUGACAGGCCGUCUGUAAUGGAUGAUGUGUCUACGCGUAGCUUCUCUCUCUGCUGUAAUCUUCUUUACAAAGUUUGCCAUUCCGCAGUUAAGUUCUGCAAGGAUGCCUUGGGGAAGCACCUUCAUGUGAUUGUGGGCACACUGAUUCCUUUAGUCUCACAGCAGAGUGAAAUUCAGCCACAGGUCCUCAGUUUGUUGAAAUUCUUAGUGAUUGACAAUAAGGACAAUGAGAAUAUAUAUCAUGCUAUUAAGUCACUAGACCCCUUCCCAGAUUUGGCUGCCUUUAAGGACCUGAGAGCUGUUCAGCAAAGGGUCAAGUAUGGUAAAGGACCUUUUACUCUUUUGGAGGAGAUUAACCACUUUCUGUCUGCCAGUUUCUCUGACUCAUUGCCUCUCACCAGGCUUGAAGGUUUACUUGAUCUUAAAAAGCAGCUAGAACUACACAAGGAUCAGCUGAAAGACUUGAUAAAGGAAUUCCAAGAUUCUCCACAGAACAGCUUUCUAGUUCAUUUAGUAGUAAGCUUGUUAGAGUUGUCCAAGGCAGCAGUUCAUCACUCUGGUGGUUAUGAUAUUCUAGAGGCUGUUGGAAGUUGCCUUGGAGAAAUGGGACCUGUUGAUUUCUCCACUAUUGCACUUGAAAAUAAUAAAGAUGCUCUGUAUUCCAGAGCUGUUGAGCUCUUUGAUUUAACAAAGUCAGAGUUUAGGUGGAUUUUUGUUGUACUGAAUUUGUUAAAUGCCGCACUGACUGAUAAGUGUAUUGAAGUUCGAUCAGCUGCAGCAACGUGUUUGAAAAAUAUAUUAGCCACUCAGCUUGGAAACCAGUUUUGGGAGGUUCACAAAAAUAAUGAUCCGAUGCUGAGGUAUCUUAUGCCCUUUAAGGCAGCCAAAAGAAAGCUUCUUGAACUGACAAGGCCUGCAAAAAAAGAUGAUCCAGCAGAAAAACUGGAUGAUGCAGCUCUUUGGAUCCCUGCCAAUGUGUGCCUUGAGAACUGGUUAAUGGACUUGACUUGUGCACUGCUGGAUAGCCGUGGAGUAGAAAAUGAAAUUCUGCUGCUAUCAAGGCCUAUGUGUGAGGUCAAGACAGAUUUUUGUCAAGUGAUCCUUCCCUUUUUAAUUCACGAUAUACUUCUUCAUGAUGCAAAUGGGGAGUGGUGCAAAUUGCUGUCCAGUCAAGUGCAAGGCUUUUUUUCAGCAAGUUGCAAAGUCCGUCAAGUUUCUAGUAGAUCAACAACACCAGCUAAUACUGAUUCAGAGCCAGAAAGUUUGAACCAUGGAAAUUUGGAUAAGACAUCAUGCCGGACCAUGCUUGCAGUUGUUGAUUAUUUGAGGAGACAGCACAGACCUCAGAAAGGAUCUGAACUGGUCACUGUCUGGAACAACAAUUUUUGGUUAGAUUUAAAUUACCUGGAGGUAGCAAUGGCUGCACAGUCUUGUGCAGCACAUUUUACUGCUUUACUGUAUGCAGAAAUCUAUGCAAACAAGAUCAAGUUAGAUGACGAAGAAUUAAAACGGUCUUCUUAUAAGGCAUCUCGUUGUCUUAAGUUUGAAGAGCAAAGCCAAGGUUUUACAAUUUCUGACCUUAGUGAGAGAAGCAGAGAAGAGACUGGGAUUAGUUUACAGGAUCUGCUGAUGGAGAUCUAUAGAAGCAUUGGUGAACCUGACAGCCUUUAUGGUUGUGGUGGUGGCAAAAUGUUGCAUCCUCUUGCCAGAAUCCGAACUUAUGAACAUGAAGCAAUGUGGGGAAAGGCUCUUGUAACAUACGACUUGGAAAUGAAUCUUUCAGCAGCUACACGUCAGGCAGGGAUAAUGCAGGCCAUGCAGAAUUUUGGGCUUUGCAGCACUCUCACUACUUAUUUAAAGGGACUGGAGUAUGAAAAUGCAGACUGGUGCACCGAGUUGCAAGAAGUACGUUACCAGGCUGCAUGGAGAAACAUGCAGUGGAACUAUGCAUCUUUUGACAGAGGAGACAAUUAUGAACCGGGCCGUAAUGAGUCAAUUUACAAAACUUUGCAGUCUUUAAGAGACCAUGAAUUCAAUAGCUUCUAUGAUGGCUUGAAAUUUGCAAGGGUCAAGGAGGUCAAAGAGUUGUGCAAAGGAAGUCUUGAGUCAGUAUAUGCCCUCUAUCCCACGCUUUCAAGAUUGCAGGCCCUUACUGAGUUGGAAAGUGUAGGACAGCUCUUCGUAAGGCCUUUCUGUGACAUUGCAUUGAAAGAUGUUUAUUGUAAGUGGCAAAAACAGUUGCAUCUUUUGAAGGAUAGUGAUUUCAAUUUCUUGGAGUCCGUGUUAGCACUGAGAACUGUGAUUCUGGAGACUUUGCUCGAGAAUGAAACAGAUGACGCCUCCAAAGACAGUAUUAAGGAUAUCCUUACAAAGCACCUCAUGCAGUUGUCAGAAGUGGCACGGACAGCAAGUAAUACUCAGCUUCCAGAAAGAGCCAUAUUUCAAAUAAAGCAGCAUAUCCCAGCUAGAUUUGGAGUUGCACUUUGGCAGCUGGAGGAAGCACAGGUUUUUUGGGCUAAGAAAGAGCAAAGUUUGGCACUGGCUAGUCUACGGCAGCUGAUUGACAAGCUGACACUAGAGGUGGAGUAUGAUCCAAGCUUAGCACCAAUGUAUGCAGAAUGUCUAAGGCUGUCUGGAAUCUGGUUGGCAGAAACAUGCUUAGAAAAUCCUGGAAUCAUUAUCCAAAGAUAUUUGGAAAAGGCAGCAGAAGUUGCAGAAAGUCACAGCAGCACAAACAGCGAAGAACUCAAAAGUGCCAGAAUGAAAGCGUUUCUGUCAUUGGCACGAUUCUCAGAUGCUCAGUACCAGGGUAUAGAAAACUACAUGAAAUCAUCUGAGUUUGAAAAUAAACAAACUCUGUUAAAGAAAGCUAAAGACGAAGUUGAUUUGAUGAUUCAGAAGAAGGUUACAAUGAACAGAUAUACAGUAAAAGUUCAGAGAGAGCUUGAACUGGAUGAACGGGCAUUGCAUGCACUACUGGAAGAUCGAAAACGUUUCCUCUGUAAAGCAGUGGAGAAUUACAUCAGCUGUCUAGAAAGUGGAGAGGAUCAUGACAUUUGGAUCUUCAGGCUGUGUUCUCUCUGGCUGGACAACUCAGUUGUUCCUGAAGUCAAUGAAAUGAUGAAGUGUGGUGCAAAGAAAAUUCCAUCAUACAAAUUUCUGCCUUUGAUGUACCAGCUAGCUGCUCGAAUGGGUACGAAGAUGCCUGGAGGAAAGAUAUUUCAUGAAGUUCUAAACCACCUGAUCUCUCAGACUUCUUUGAAUCAUCCACAUCAUACCAUGUUUAUAAUCUUGGCCUUGGCAAAUGCAAAUAAAGAUGAUACACUGGGGCUACCUGAAGUGCUGAAGAGAAGCAAGCUGAGUAAGAAUGCUCCAAGAGAACUUUCCCAGCUGGAUGAGGAGAGAAUGGAUGUUGCACGUAGUAUUGUGGAAAAUAUCAAGAAAUGUAGACCUCAAAUGGUGCAGGAUAUUGAAAGAUUGUGUGAUGCAUACAUCAUUUUGGCAAAUAUGGAUGCUAAUCAGUGGAAGGCUCAAAGAAAAGGAAUAAAAAUUCCAGCAGAUCAACCAAUCACCAGAAUAGUGGAUCUUGAUGACGUAGUCAUUCCAACUAUGGAAAUUAAGGUGGAUCCUUCAGGGAAAUAUGAAAACUUGGUAACAAUAAGUAGAUUCAAACCUGAGUUUCGUUUAGCAGGUGGUGUCAAUCUUCCAAAAAUCAUAGACUGUGUUGGAUCAGAUGGAAAAGAAAGGAGACAGCUUGUCAAGGGCCGUGAUGACCUCAGGCAGGAUGCUGUUAUGCAGCAAGUUUUCCAGAUGUGUAAUUCAUUACUUCAGAGAAAUAGUGAAACAAGGAAGAGAAAACUAACAAUACGCAGGUAUAAGGUUGUUCCUCUAUCUCAAAGAAGUGGUGUUCUUGAAUGGUGCUCAGGAACUAUUCCCAUUGGAGAAUUUUUAGUUAAUCAGGAGUCAGGAGCACACAGACGAUACAGACCAAAGGACUGGAGCAGCUUGCAGUGUCGUAAGAAACUGACGGAGGUUCAAAAGGAAGGUUCAGAGGGGAAAUACCAAGCUUUCAUGGAAGUCUGUCAGAAUUUCCAGCCAGUGUUUCGAUACUUCUGCAUGGAAAGAUUUUUGGACCCUGCUGUUUGGUUUGAAAAACGACUGGCAUAUACACGCAGUGUUGCAACAUCUUCAAUAGUUGGAUACAUCGUGGGGCUGGGAGACAGGCAUGUGCAGAAUAUUCUGAUCGAUGAACAGACAGCAGAACUUAUACACAUAGACUUGGGGGUUGCUUUUGAACAAGGGAAGAUUCUUCCCACACCAGAGCGAGUUCCAUUUAGACUGACAGGAGAUAUAGUGGAUGGCAUGGGCAUCACUGGAGUAGAGGGCGUCUUCAGGAGGUGCUGUGAAAAGACCAUGGAUGUCAUGAGGAAUUCACAGGAGGCCUUGUUGACCAUUGUUCAGGUGCUCCUUUAUGACCCUCUGUUUGAUUGGACAAUGAAUCCUUUGAAAGCAUUUUAUUUGAGACAGAGACAUGAAGAAGACACAGAGCUUAAUUCAACUUUGAAUGCUACGAUAGGUGGAGAUGAGCAAGAUUGCAACCGAAAAAAUAGCAGCAGUGAUACCCAAAGUUUUAACAAGGUGGCAGAGCGUGUUCUUCUGAGGUUGCAGGAAAAACUGAAAGGUGUUGAAGAGGGAACUGUUCUCAGUGUUGGAGGCCAAGUUAACCUUCUCAUACAACAAGCUAUGGAUCCAAAAAACCUCAGCCAACUAUUUCCAGGCUGGCAGCCUUGGGUAUAAUGUAAAAACAUAACACAGAACAAUAAAAAAUAACUCUUCAUGCUUAUUACUCAGAUGAUCUCAAAAAUAAAAUUCCCAACAUCCAAAGUUCCUGUGACAAUGGGAAUUUCAUAAUUUAGGAAAGUAAUAAAAAAGUGAUAAUAAUCACAGGACUAAGAGUUAUUCUGUUGAAUGCUGCUACUUUUAUGGUGUAGUGGCCACCUUGGCUACUCUGUUUGGAGCCUAAUAUUUUUUUGCCAUGGGAGAUCGGUGAAUAUAUCUGCCUUCUCUUUUGUAAAGAAAACAUUUGCACUGAGAUAAAAACUAGUUUGCUGCUUAACUGUUUUUGUUGCAUCCAGGAAUUUGUGUUAUGCUCAUUAAUUGAUAAUAAUCCACAAUUAUGUAGUUGCAAGAGUUGGAAUGCACCACAGGAGUUUAUUCAAAAGUUUUGUUCUUGUGAUAUUUCGAACUGUAAUGUAAUUCACAUUCUCGCUAGUAAAUAAUGUAGUGUUUAAACAUUAGCACAGUAUUCUUCAGUAUAGUUUGAGCAGUGGACUCAACAAUUUAUGUAUACGGUUUUGUACAUACAUUGUAGAAUUUCACGGUUUUAAGAAUACUGUCUGUAAAAAAUGGUGGUACGUGUAAUUGUGUAUGCUUUUGUACUAUAAAAUAAAAAUGUGAAUAUAGUAGUACAUUAACUCUCUAAAAUUUGGCAUUGUAGUAAAUUGUAUUAAAGUAUUUGUUCUUAUACCUCUUGACCUGUAGGAAUAAAGUACUGCCUGAAUAAAACGCUACAUUUUUCAA